UAAAUAUGGCAUUAUAAUACUGUGUGUUGGAUAACUGAGCGCUGCAAACGACCUACCACGUUCGCAGCCAUGGCGGGACAUAGAAGAUGCUUCUUGCUGCAGUGUUUGAUUUUGACGGCUUUUGAAGGCAUUUGGUUUACAUGCUCGAUGGUUACACCAGGGAUAUUAGAAAAACUGUAGUAUUAUCUAGUAUCUACUGUGCUAACCGAAGUUUAAUGAGUGAUAUACUUGCUAUUUUGGCCAGGUGGGCCAUGUCUCGGGUCGACAGCGCGCGUGUUUGAGUUGGAAUUUGGACCAGUGAAGGUGUUCUGGUGGUUUGCGCACCAGAUAUAACGUGGCACCGUAAGAUAUCGUAACUCCUUUUAACCACGAUGUUUUCUUCGAUUUAAACGAGUAAUAUUUCUGCUGGCAUUUGGGUAGGUAGGCUAUCCGAAAUCGAAGGACAUGAAAACACCUGAUUCACAUGGGGAUAUUUUUAUACCGGUUGGUGGAUGAGGACAUCGCCCUUCUGUGCAGAAGAGAGAAGCUCAAGUUCGGCACCUGCCUCAUUAACUGGCUGAAAUGUUACUAUAAGAAGGACUGUGGAAGGGAGUACAUGUUGAUGAAACUAAUCUGCUCAGUGAGCUCGAACCAGAGCAGUGUCCAUGAGUACCCAGACUGCCGUGAUGGGGGCAGCGAGGCCAGCCUGCUGGUGUCUCCGCUGGUGGUGGCUGGCAUCGUCAUCGGCCUGGUGCUCUUCCUGUCCUGCGUUACCAUCAUCGUGGGCAGCCUGCGCAAAGACAGCCGUCUGCGCAACCCCCACCUGCGGGCCAGCUAUGCUCCGGAUGGCUUUUCGUACGGCGGCUCCAUCGGGGAGCUGAGGUCGACGUGUGUCGGGGAGUACCCUCCAGCGUUUGACUUUGACUCCUACGUGGAGACUCUAUCACAAGUCAAUGUGAUGUAUCCAGACUCCCCGCCUCACUAUGAUGAAUGUGUGGGACCAGGUGCGACACAGAUAUACGUCCCCACAGAUGACCCCCCUCCGUACUCCCUCACGGACCCCUGUCAGCGGGGCCACCAGCAGGCCACCUACACCAGCCUGGAGAUGGAGGAGCCGUCCACUGGAGCUGGGGCCUCUUGGGUGUCCGCCAGCAGCGCCGCCGCCUCCCACUACCCAAUCGGACUGCACGAGCUCCGGCAGCAGCCAAUAUCCUCCAUCUCCCAGUCAGCGUUCCCCCUGGAGGAGGCGCCCCCGUACGAGGUGGUGGUGAGCAGGCAGAACCAGCCCAUCCCUCUGAUGCCCAUGGACCUGCUCAAACAUCCCUCGGAGGACAGCCAUAGUCCCCAGAGAGCCCGGGCUGUCGCACACAGAAUCCUGUAGAGCUGACUGGGCUAGUCCACUCCAAUGCUCUUCGUGUGGACCGCCACACCCCCCACCCCAGUCUAAGUAGGACAGCCUGAAAUCUCUCUUCUGCUUCUUCCAGUGUCCCUUUGUGCAUGACAGGCAGUAUCAAAAGAGAUGGACUUUCUGGACUGAAGCGGAAACUUUGGGCUGAACCUGAACUGCACCUUCCUUUCCUUCCCCCUACCUCUUGGACAAGCUGCGUCCCCCAACUCCCAAGAUGUUACCCGCACCACUCCUCACUCUCUCUCCCUUUACUACUGGGGCACUGCCAUGAAAUCACAGGGCUACUACUGGUUACCUGGGGCUGGGAGUCUGGUCUUUCUGUCCAAAGGGAAUUCACUUCAUACUGUACAAUGGUCUCAGUUUAGGAGGCAUUCACACAUUUAGGAAGCAUUAUCAAAGUCUGUGCACACAAAAAAACACUAGAGGUAACCUGAAGUGGUUUCACAUAGAUAUUCUGUAUGUACUGUUGGUUCUUGUUGUGUUGAAAUGGAAUCGCUCUUGAUAAAAAACACUAAUUUCACAUUCCAUCACAUAUCCAUAUGGUUUUAUUAAUAUUUUCUACCUGCAAAUAAUAUUUGAUUUAUAUUUAGUUGACUUUAGGACUCUGACAGUCUGUAAAAUGUCCAGUAAUUUCAAGUGAUAAAUAUACCCCAGUGUUAUACACUCUUAUUAAAAAAGGUUCUAUCUAGAACCUAAAAGGGUUCAUCGGCUAUCCCCGUAAGAGAACCCUUUUUGGUUCCAGAUAGAACACGUUUGGUUCCACAUAGAACCUUUUCCACAGAAGGUUCUACAUGGAACCUGAAAGUGUUCUACCUAGAACCAAAUAUGGUUAUCCUAUGGGUACAGUCGAUUAAUCCUUUUAGAACAUUUUUUUUCUAAGAGUAGGUAUUAUUUUUUUUCACUAUUAUUUGAAAGAAAUUAUUUUUGUGGUAUAUGGUUUUAUAUGGUUUCUGGAUAUAAACACGUUCAUAUGAGCUGGAAAUACUGUCUAUUCUCUAUAAUUAGGUUUCCCCUCUGGGGGCUGAGGCCUAUUUAGAUCCAAACUGUUCUGUUUCAGUCUCUAAACGUGUACCGCCACACAUUCCUCUUCUCUUUCUCUCGCUACUCCUCUUUUUGUGGAGAGCUUUUUUAGGUGUUCACGAGCGAGAUUACUAUGCGCUUGACCCAUUCGCCAGCUAACAUCAAAGUACAAUAUACCUUGUAGCAGAGAUACAAUGGUAUUUGACAAUUGGUGGGAAGGAUAAAUAAUAUGAGCACACAGUUUACUGUGAUUAGGGGUUUACUAUACUUUAGUACUGUCAUCUUUGAUAUUAUGAUAAAAUAAACAAUUCAUUUUUACAAGUUAUUAUUCAGUCUAGACACAUUGUAUUUUUCGAUAUGCUGGAAUAUUUUUAAUGGUUCCAAAUUAUUAUUCAGUGUUUUGUUUUUGGUUGUGAGUAUUCAUUGUACAGAUAAACUGUCUCCAGUUGAACUGUUCUUACAUGUCUGUCAUCUAUGUAUAAAUGGUAUAAAAAUGACUGUGCCUGCCAAGCACUAAGUCUAAGACUGUUAGACUGCUUAACAUUGUAGCCAUAGUAACUUGAAACACUGAUUAACAAAUCAAGAGCUUUCCUUUUCCAAAUGGCUUGUUCUUUUUCAAGGCUUGUGUUACUUUGUUAAGUUAUUCAGAUAAGGCUAUGUUCAUCAUAUUUUGUUUAUAAAACCGUAUUUGUGGAGUCAAUGACCCCCUGUCACCUUUGCGUUUGGCCCAGAACUUGUUAUCUCUGUUCCAGCCCCCCUCUCUUUCUCAUUGUCUCCCUCAUUUAUCUUACCAAAUCCCUUAUUGUGAAGUGAAAUCCUCACUGAUGAACCCUUAAAGAAUAUUUUAUAAAUGAAUUAGUCGCAUGAUUACAUUGCUGGCAUUGUGGAUAAAAGUUAUAAAGAGAUGAGUAUUUAUUUAGAAUAGCUUUAUCAAUAAUCUGUAUAACUGUGGAAGGACUACUAUUAAAAUAGUUGUUGUGAGAUUCACCAGAAUGUAGAUGUACGACAACACAGAUGCUUCGCACUAGACAGAAACGUCUAAAGAUUAAAGAUCAACAGGUUCUUUUUAUUGCGUUACAUUCUUGUGCCAAUCAUCGUCGAAUGGAUUUGACUUUGAAGAGAGUCUGUUAAAUGGCUUUUAAAAACCAAAUGCCGUUCUCAUCACUUGUUAAUACAUAUUCUAUUUGUGGUCAGAAUGGUCAUGUCAAGCCCUAUAAACAAAGCCACGUUUGGGCUGAAAAUGAUGUGUUAAUAAUUUGACAAUGAGCAUUAUUGCUUAUUGUUAUGUAGCUGCGGCAAAUCUAGCGAUGCUAUACAAUAAUAAUGAUGUUCUUGUGUUUCAUAAACUGAAAUCUUAAAAGUGCAAUGCAGUGAAUAUAGUACAACGUAUUAGAUUGUGUGCAUCGUGACACACUCAGAGUCAUCCAGAAAUGCAACUUUACCUGCCUUUACAAGUCAGUUCGAAAUGCACUGUAACUGUGUUGGAAGACCUAGUCCAACACCUGUUGAGGUAAAACUGCAAUGCGGUUCACUCUGGUCUUACAUGCUGUUUUGUCUUUGUUGUUUACUUCCUUUUGGUAACACAAUAAGUCCAUGUUCAACAUAAAUGUGAAAUAAUGUGUAACGCUGUACACGUACACUUCCAAUGUAUAGUUUCCCCUAUAAGUCCCACUGUUGUGCACAACUGUCCUGUGUGACAAAAGAUUCUUGUUUCCUAUAAUCACAGUCAUCGACGUAUAUCCAUGUUUUGUAUUAGAGCUUUUAUUCAUUUCUUAUAUUGGGGAAAUUAAAUACAUUUGACCUCUA